CGGAAGGGAAGGCCAGACCCCAAGAAGAAGAAGGCAGCCGCUGCCGAUGAGGCUAGAAAAAGAAGAUAAAGUAAUUUCCCACAAGUGAGGCGUCGUCUUCCCCCAUGACCUGAACUUACCUGCGUCUAGCCCGUCUUCACCCUCCUCCUGCUCUCAACCCAAAGCCUUUAGUCAACCUUCCUCCCCCCAACACCUUCAAUUUUCUCACAAUUUUCCACACUGCAAUAUGGCGGGGCGAGGCGGACCGGCACGGACCAACGGCACUUCUGCAAGCAACAAGAUCUGUCAGUUUAAGCUCGUGUUGUUGGGAGAAUCGGCUGUGGGGAAGUCCAGCCUGGUGCUGCGCUUCGUCAAAGGCCAGUUCCACGAGUACCAAGAGAGCACCAUCGGAGCUGCCUUCCUCACACAGACGGUAUGUUUGGAUGAUACAACAGUCAAGUUUGAGAUUUGGGACACUGCAGGACAAGAACGAUAUCACAGCUUGGCACCCAUGUACUACAGAGGAGCCCAGGCCGCCAUUGUUGUCUUUGACAUCACCAACACAGAUACUUUCACGCGUGCAAAAAAUUGGGUGAAGGAGCUCCAGCGACAAGCCAGCCCCAACAUCGUUAUCGCACUGGCAGGAAACAAGGCGGACCUGGCCAACAAAAGAGCCGUAGAUUUCCAGGAAGCACAAGCAUACGCUGAUGACAACAGUUUGCUCUUCAUGGAAACUUCAGCCAAAACUGCUAUGAAUGUUAAUGAGAUUUUUAUGGCUAUAGCCAAGAAGCUUCCAAAGAACGAGCCUCAGGGUGGAGCGGGCGCUGGUGGACGAGCCAGAGGUGGCGUGGACCUGCAGGAAGCUGCGCCGCAGGGCAGGAGCGGCCAGUGCUGUGGGGGCGGGAACUAACUAAAACAAUGAAUCAGCUGAUCCGACCACAACUCGGCUUCGAUCAACCAGACCAGAUGUUAUCCAGCUGUUAAAGCAACGUCCCGUUGGUCGAACCAAACCACGGCCGGACCAACUCCUCUGAGCACCAGUUUACCGUCUGGCAAACGAGUCCACUGGCCAGUAAAUCGCAAGACCCCACAGAUGGUUCCAACAGACCGACAAAUCAGCCCAACGCCCAUUUACUGAAUCAUGUUCUUACCCCAGGACUUGCCAAUCCAUGACUUCUUUCUCUCCUUUUUUUUUUUUUUUUUUUUUUAUGAACACAACGCCUCCUUGAAGGGGAUUAAAAAAAGCCUUCAUGGAAGGAUUUAAAGAAAAAACAUCAGUAAAUACCAACUGCGCUUAAUAGGACCAUCUUGUUCACCUUUCUGUGUUUGUGUAGAGGAAAAUGAAUCCAAACGGAAGGCAUUGAAGCAGGCUCAUGGGCUUCUGCUGCGAGUACCGCUGCUCGGAUUUUCAAUGCACCAGAAAUGGUUCAUCGUGGUUAAAGCAAGGCGCGUGUGCAGCAUCCUUCAUGUUUUUGACUUGUUCCUGAUCAGCUUAAUGGAUGAGAUUAGGUAGAAGUUUCUACUGGGACACCACACACACACUUCCUCGUAGAGCUGUGCAUCUUGAUUACAUUAACAUUGCUAUUGCUGCUGUAUCUGUUUUGAUACAGGCUGUUUGAUUUUAAAACCUA